AGUUGUGACAAAAUGGUGGAUUUCAUAAUAUUGUUGAUUACUGUUGUGUUGUGAAGAAACUGUAACUUGACAAUGGACAAACCGAGUGAAUCGACAAAACCGUCAUCCAGCCAGAAAGCAGUCAAAAUGGAGACGGAUGAUAACGAGGCUGAUGACGUCAUCAACAGAGCCUCCCCUACUGCGACCAACGGAUCCUCGUCGCAGAGAGGCGACAUGGAGUUCCGUGUCGGUCAGAAAGUGGAGGUCAGGGAUUAUCGCAGCGAUAUGACCAAGUGGUACACGGCGAAAAUCAUGGAGGUGGACUACGAAGAGCGUGAAAUACUCAUUCAUUACGAAAAGUUUUCUCAGCGCUACGAUGAGUGGAUGAACUGGGAUAGUCAGCAUAUCAGGCGCAUCAGUCAAUCGGCCGACUCGCAUCAGAUAAGGCGUUCGGCCAAUCAGGCUGUCUCGUCGAGUCGGUUCAAAAUAGGUGAGAGCGUAAUGGCUACUUGGAAUUAUACUAAAAAGUAUCUAGCUGUCAUUCAGAAAAUCCUACCAGACGAUAAAUACGAGGUCAAAUUCUACGAUGGAUUUGUGAAGGUGCUUAGAGGGAACAGAAUUACUGAGCUGAAUCCAAAUACUGCACAAUCUAUCAUGUCUAAGAUGCCCGAAGAGAAACCGCCGGCGCCGCGAGUUGGCAGCGAGCUGGACGUCCGCAACAUUGGCACGAAAGCGGAGCGACGCGAGAAGAAGCGUCGCAUAAAUGUGGCGGAAAUCUUCCAUCCGCCGUCCGGUGCUGCGGCCGCCGCCAAACGGCGCAAACUGGAUGAAGGGGAGGGGCGUGGAGGAGGAGGGGCAGAGGUGAAGCGGAGGAGGAGAAGAAGGGGUAAGGCUGUUAAGGAGGAGACGCAGACUUCGGUGACGGCGGCGGCGGCGGCGGCGUCUUUAAAGGAGCCGACCGUACGGAAGAGGAGGAGUUCCAGAUACAAAGAAGAGCCGAAGAUAGAGAAGGAAGCCGAUAAAGAUGAAAGGAAAUCAGAAGUGAAAGAGAUUAAGGAGAAAGCCAAGGUGACUGUGAAGAUUGAGCCUGUACUCGAGGAGGGAAAAUCUACCGUGCAACAAGUAAACAGGGAAAAAAUAUCUGUUGUGGCAACACUGAAGGAGGCGAUCAUUAAGGUGGAGAAAGUGCAGCCAACUGAAAAACGACAAAGUAUUGACGAGACAAAAGCGAAUGAUGAAAAGGAUCUCAUUACGGCAACAAAUCAACCCAACCCGGUGUUACCAAAGCAGGAGUCAGCUGUUCCUGUCACAUCCUCCGAGGGCGGAGGAGUGUCCUGCGAAAACGGACCACAGGAGGCGAAAAAGACCGUCAAGGAUGUGAAACUGAAGGACAUCCUGCCCCAAGUGUCCUUGAGUCGCACUUCGGCCUUGCGCCGGGUUCGAGUCCCGAAGUUGAGGCCGAGUGUGAGCGCUCUAACGUCCAGCUCUUUUCCCAAGGUCAAACUCGAGCCCAUUGAUAGUAGGUCUCACAACGUCAGUCUCACAUCUAGGGGUGGUCGAGUUAUAAAGAAAAGGGUACCAGGCAGAGGAUUUGAUGAAUCCGAAGUUACUGAAAGCAUUUCUAAACCGGGUGCUCCAGAAAGUAUAAAAGAAGAAAAAGACCAAGAAGCUAGUCUGUCGAAAAUUCCAAAGAUUACAUCAGCUGUUGAAAAGCCGGCCAAUAAAGCAGAAGGUGACGUGAAGGAAGCGGCAGCUUCCCUUGAUGCGAAACCGUCAGCUGGAGAAAGUGAUAAGUACCAAGUGAAAGAGGAGAGAGUGAGAGAAGGGGGAGAAAGGGUGAGGAGAAGGAGUAAGAAGAAGAAGGGAAAGAGGGUGCGGCAUGGCCGUAAGCACAAAUCGGAGGACAAUGGCGGUCAGGAGGUGAAGGAUUGGCGACAGGACAGGCACCGACGUGCCAAGGCUGACGACGAGGAUGAUCCCGAGAGGUGGAGUGGGGAUGUUCCAGACGGGGCGCAGCCGGUCUUCAUUGACGGCGGUGACGGUAAAAUGAGGCAAUCAAUUAUAAUACCGGAUAGCAAACUCCCGGCCGGCUGGACAAAGCAUACAAUCAUCAGGAAAAAUAGUUCCAAGUGGGAUGUUCUAUUGGUCAAGGCCCUGGAUGAUGAUAUAGGUAAAAUGAGGCAAUCAAUUAUAAUACCGGAUAGCAAACUCCCGGCCGGCUGGACAAAGCAUACAAUCAUCAGGAAAAAUAGUUCCAAGUGGGAUGUUCUAUUGGUCAAUCAAAACGGGCGCAAGUUCCGCUCGCGCAAAGACCUGCGAGUCUACUACAACGAAAUGAACAAAGCCUACCCGGAGGACCGGUUCGACUUUGUGAUUGGACGAAGCAAGACGACUGCCGGUCUCAUAGAGCAGGCCACUAAGAGCAACCUGCAGCAAGCAAGCUCCACCUCUGCAUCCACCUCCACCUCCACCUCCACCGUCACCUCCACAUCGUCCAGACACUUGCACAGAUCUGGCAAAAAGUCUAGCAGCAAAGAAACACCGUCCAGCAGUUCGCCGAUUUCGGGCCCCGCUGCGACGCCAGCACCCACAGUCACCGAAGAGAAGAAGAUCAAAACAUUGUUGCCGAAAUCCAAGCCUGCCAACCUGCCCGACGAAAUGGUGGUGGCGAGUCCAGUGUUGCCAACAGCUGCUGCUGCUGCUUCAGCUGGCCAGCCUGCUGCUUCUGCUGCCAAAGCGGUUGGCCAGCCUGCUUCUGCUGCCAAGGGAAGUGUGGCAACGCCGAAAUCAGCUGGCCAGCCGGUUUCUGCUGCCAAGGGAAGUGUGGCAACGCCGAAAUCAGUUGGCCAGCCGGCUUCUGCUGCCAAGGGAAGUGUGGCAACACCGAAGGCAGUUGGCCAGCCGGCUUCUGCUGCCAAGGGAAGUGUGGCAACGCCGAAGGCAGUUGGCCAGCCUGCUACCGCUGCCAAGGGAGGUGUGGCAACGCCGAAAGCAGUUGGCCAGCCUGCUUCUGUCACCAAAAGCGCAGCGUCAACACCCAAAGUGGAUGCAGCUACUGCUCUGUUGGCCACACAAGUAAGUACACCACCAGUGGAGGAAGGAACCGGCUCAGUUCAGUGUCCGAAGGAUGGAUGUGGCAAGAAUUUCCGCAAAGAAAGCCUUCUACAGAUGCACAUCAAGCACUACCACCCCGAAUACUCUGGUUUUCUGGACGGCGCGCUGAAUGUUGCCGAUCUGGCGUACGCGCGAACGGUGGGCGAACAACUCGAUGGAGGUGAGGGGGGAACUGACGAUGAGCACCAGUCUUCGUCGUUUUUGGAACGCAUCACACGCUACGAGCAGAGCUGCAGGGCUAAAGCUACUAGGGUUCAUUCUAGAUCGGCUGGGAAAGGCGUCAAAGAGGGUGGUGCUGGUACAGGGGGAAGUAGGAGGAGGUCGGCUGGUGGGGUGGGGGUGCAGUCGCCGUUGAGAAAGGCGCUCAUGAAGGGGCUGACUUUCUCUCCAGAGCGCCUUGCUGAAGACCAUGUUGAUUCCAAUAAGAAAUCCGCAUCUCAUCUAUCCGCUCCAGGAACCCCGACCGGCCAAGGAAGACCGGAAUCUUCUCCAAUGGAAACUGAUAGUGAAUGGAAAACUUCAACGGAAUCUAAUGAAAGAUUGAAACCAGAAGAGCUGGAAAAAUUAGGAGCGGAUAGCAGACAAACAACUGGAAAAGAUUCACAUGUUGGAAGUCGUACGCCUCCGCCCAGGCAAAAAUAUCACUCGGAAGGAACGUCAGACUUGCCCAGAACACCCUCCAGUGCAUCCUACCAUUACGCGAGGAACAAGCCUUGCCUUGUCAGCCUCGAGAAACUCAACCUCACACCAGACAGUAAUGGUCGUGUACUGUUGGACAAGAAGGGUCAAUGCAAUUUGAAAUUGGAAAAAUCAGACAGCAAUGUUGAUGGUGUUGAUGGGCCAGCGGAUGGCAUCAAUACAACGGAUACAGUGGAGGUCGAGGUCAUCAACAAAAAGGAAGAGAUUAUCAACUGUAUGUGCGGAUACACUGAAGAAGAUGGUCUCAUGAUUCAGUGUGACUUGUGCCUAUGCUGGCAACAUGGCCUUUGCAACAACAUAAGUACGGAUUCCGAGGUACCCGAGAAGUAUAUCUGCUACAUAUGUCUGCAUUCGAAACAUUCAAGGUCAUCUCGCAAGUAUAUGCACAACCAGGAUUGGCUCAAGGAAGGAAAAUUACCAAUACUAUCGUUCAGGCAACACGACGACCAAGAAUUGCAGAAGAAAGAAACCAUCUUGAAACGAUCUCACGAACUUGUAUCAUCUCUUUUGCAACUGCAGACGGUUGUCAAAAGUCUGAGACUGAAGACGCAUAUUGCUGGCAAAAGUGACCAUCCCAAAUUGUAUUUGUGGUCGAAAAGUUGGGACAGAGAUGAGAAAGACAAACAGGAAAUAAAGAUGGAGGAAAAGGGGACGAAUGAUGAUAACAAGGAGGAAGACAUCAAGAAAGAAGAAAGUGAUAUGCUACAGAAAGUUGCUAACAUUCCUGUGCCCGAGGCCCCAAUUGAUCUGGUAGAAUGCAGACUACGCCUUCUAGAUCACAUAGAAAACUAUCAACAGCAAAUUGAUGACCGACUAUCCUCCUUGGACGCCCAAGUAUCAGCCCUAGAAGCGAUGGACCCUGAUCUGACGGAUGACGAAACGGCCGACUACUAUCCGCGCUCCAAGCAGACUGUUCAGAUGCUUCUCAAUGACCUUGGCACCCUGAGGAAGGUCACAACCUUCAACUGACUGACCAACUGUGCAACUGACCAAGUUGGCAACACUGUUGGCAACUGCAACAACCAGUUGCCGCCGACGACGGAAAUCAGUUGCGCAACGCAAGUCGACGCCCCUAGCAACAGUAGCAAUGUGCUUCUGUUGUCGGCGUCUGAGUUUUCAAAGAUUUGCAACCGGUUGAGGGUUAAUAGUUUGUCGAAAAAUGUUCAGUAAUAUCACAUUAUACAUGAAUUAGUUCACUACCGCCGUAAACAAAGCCGUAGUGCAUUCGUGUGACGUCAGCACAGGUAGGGCUCCUACACCAAUAAAAAAUCGUUUUUCUCAGCUGAUCUAUAUCAGCUAGUGUUCUAAUUGGAGUAGAAUUCGUUUUUCUACAGCUUCGGCCAUCUUCACUUAGAAUGAAAUUCCUGCCAUAAUUUUUUGUAAAUCACACAAUUUCUCGACGUGAAACUACAGCUAGAUGAAACCGAUUAUUUGUGUUUCACGAAAACUGGUUUCAUGCGAUCAAAGAAACUGGAGUUUCAUGAAACUCAGUGUGCACAACCCUGUUUAAUCCUAUCAGUCGAUUGCGAGCAACUUUCGUUUCACAUUUCCUGUAACUUGUUUCACGAAACGCGUUUCUCCGGUGUGCACCCCGCCUUAGUAUUUUUAUUAAAUAUGAAUAACUACCACAAUAUCAACUUCUCAACUACACAAAAAAUGUCAUUGGUCUGGGAUUUGAAGGACUGUUGAGAAUAAAUACUAUUUAUAUAAUAUAAGGAUUAUUAAUAAAUCCAUAAAGCUGGAUUCCCACAUUUUAUAGCAGUCAUGUAGAGUUAGGAGUCUCAAGAUAGAUAGAUCUAAACUCGCUUCUGUUGCUUACAAACACCUAAAAUGGUGGGUCGAUCACAUUUUCUAAUAAAAUUGUUCUAGCUCAUACUAUGGACAGAGGAUUAAAUAUAAUUCAUCUCAUAGGAAUCCUAUCAUAAUUUGGGAUAUAAGACUUUUUCACAAGAAAAGACAAGAAAAAGAAUGUCAGUACCUGUGCUGACGUAACAGUAACGCACUACGGCUUUGUUCCAUGUUCCAUGAUUUUUUAUAAAUGUCUAGUACAUUUUUAUGAUUGUAUGAGAUCGUUCUUGUGAUCACCCUUACAAUAGUAGUUUAUGGCGAAAAAUGGUCAGUUAUUUAUGAUACUUCAGUGUUUUUUAUGAGCAUUUACGAGAUAGUUCUAAUAGUUGAUUCAGUGUCUUUUUUGAGUAUCUGGUACAGUUAUGAGAUAGUUCUAAUGAUACUCCAUUUUGUUCAUUGAUUCUCUAUGAGUUUUAUUUUACUUCUGAUGUCGGCGUCUGAGUUUUCAAAAAUUUGUAACUGUUUAAGGGUUAAUAGUUUGUUGAAAAAUGUUCAGUGAUUACUUAUGAUACUUGAAUAUUAGUUCCGUGAUUUUUUAUGAGUUUCCAGUACAGUUAUGAUUGUUGUAAGAGAUCGUUCUUAUGAUACUAGAAUUAUUUCAGUGAGGGUUAAUAAUUUGAAGAAAUAUUUUUAGGGCUGGUUUCCGAGCUCGGGAUUUGGCUAAGUUCUAGACUUUAAACAGCUGGAGUAAGAAAACUGGCUUUCCGAAACGGGGCGUAGUCGUAGUCAUUG